AUGGAAAGACCAGGCUCUCCUGAGCCUGAGACCGGACGCAGAUCUCCACAGGAAGACCGUCCUGACUUUAAAAGCAGGAAACUGUCUCCUGAUGAGAGGAUCACUGAGACACCAGAUGCCCCUGAACCUGAACCUGGACCCAGCUGUGUGUCUUUGAAGAGUGAUCAGUCAAAGGGUAACAUCGUCAACUUAAAAGGAACAAAGUCUGCUGCUGCUGAUGAAGCUGAUCAGGAGAGUCUUCAUCAUCAAACUGAUCUGGACUCAGUAUUUAAGGUUGUGUCAUUUAUUUUCCAGAUGCUGGAGGAAAACAUUAUCACUUUUGUGAAGAACGAGCUAAAGAAGAUGCAGAAUGAUCUGAAUCCAGAUUAUUCAGAGUGUCAGAGGGAUGAAGAGGAGGUGUUGGACAGUGAGGAAGAGAAGCAGAGAAGGAGCAGCAGAGAGGCAUUUCUGAAACUUGCAGUUAACUUCCUGAGAAUAAUGAAACAGGAGCAGCUGGCUGACUGUCUGCAGAGCAAAAAUCCUGAUCCACUUCCUGAGAAUACAUUUAAAUGUAACCUAAAGAAGAAGUUCCAGUGUGUCUCUGAGGGGAUUGCUAAACCAGGAACCCGAACCACUCUAAAUGAGAUCUACACAGAGCUCUGCAUCACAGAGGGAGGGACUGGAGAGGUCAACACUGAACAUGAGGUCAGACAGAUUGAAAUGUUUUCCUGGAAACCAGACAGACCAGAAACAACAAUCAGGUGUGAAGACAUCUUUAAAGUCUCAACUGAAACAAACAAACCAAUCAGAACAGUUCUGACCAAAGGAGUGGCUGGCAUCGGGAAAACAUUCCUGACACAAAAGUUCACUCUGGACUGGGCUGAAGACAAGACCAACCAGGACAUCCAGUUCGUUUUUCCAUUCCCAUUCAGAGAGCUGAAUUUACUGAAGGAUACAAAGUUCAGCUUAGUGGGACUUAUUCAUCACUUCUUCACUGAAAUCAAAGAAGCAGGAAUCUGCAACUUUAAAAAGUUCAAAGUUGUGUUCAUCUUUAAUGGUCUGGAUGAGUGUCGACUUCCUCUGAACUUCCACAUCACUGAGAUCCUCACUGAUGUUACAGAGUCCACAUCAGUGGAUGUGCUGCUGACAAACCUCAUCAGGGGAAAGUUGCUUCCUUCUGCUCACAUCUGGAUAACCACACGACCUGCAGCAGCCAAUCAGAUCCCUGCUGAGUAUAUAGACAUGGUUACAGAGGUCAGAGGGUUCACUGACCCAAAGAAGGAAGAGUACUUCAGGAAGAGACUCAGAGACAAGGAAGAGGCCAACACCAUAAUCUCUCACAUCAAGACAUCACGAAGCCUCCACAUCAUGUGUCACAUCCCAAUCUUCUGCUGGAUCACUGCUACAGUUCUAGAGAGUGUGUUAAAAACCAAACAGGAUGGAGGAAAGCUGCCCAAGACACUGACAGAGAUGUACAUUCACUUCCUGGUGGUUCAGACCAAACUGAAGAACAUCAAGUAUGAUGGAGGAGCUGAGACAGAUCCUCUCUGGAGUCCAGAGAGCAGGAAGAUGAUUGAAGAACUGGGGAAACUGGCGUUUGAGCAGCUGCAGAAAGGAAACCUGAUCUUCUAUGAAUCAGACCUGACAGAGUGUGGCAUUAAUGUCAGAGAGGCCUCAGUGUACUCAGGAGUGUUCACACAGGUCUUUAAAGAAGAGAGAGGAGUGUACCAAGAGAAGGUGUUCUGUUUCAUCCAUCUGAGCAUUCAGGAGUUUCUGGCAGCUCUUCAUGUCCAUCUGACAUUCACCAACUCUGGUAUCAACCUGCUGGAUAAAGAAGAAACAGCCUCAGUGCAAACUGGAGAAUAUUCAGUAAGACAUUUCUACCAGAGUGCUGUGAACGAGGCUUUGAAGAGUCCAAAUGGACUUGUUUCUUCGUUUCCUCCUUGGUCUUUCAAUGCCAUCCAAUCAGGAUCUCCUACAAGGCCUCCACACACAAACAGGAAACAGCUCACAGACAAAUCAGGAAGCAGUCAAGUACAUUAA